AUGGUGCGUUACUCUCUGGAUCCAGAGAAUCCCACGAAAUCAUGCAAGUCACGGGGAUCCAACCUGCGAGUGCAUUUCAAGAACACUCGAGAGACUGCCCAGGCCAUAAAGGGCAUGCACAUCCGCAAGGCCACCAAGUACUUAAAGUACGUAACCUUGAAGAAACAAUGUGUUCCCUUCCGGCGCUACAACGGGGGAGUCGGUAGAUGCGCCCAGGCCAAGCAGUGGGGAUGGACACAGGGACGCUGGCCCAAGAAGAGUGCAGAGUUCUUGCUGCACAUGCUCAAAAAUGCAGAGAGCAAUGCUGAGCUCAAGGGUCUUGAUGUGGAUUCUCUGGUCAUUGAGCACAUCCAAGUCAACAAGGCUCCCAAAAUGCGCCGACGCACCUACAGAGCACACGGUAGGAUCAACCCCUACAUGAGUUCCCCCUGCCACAUUGAGAUGAUCCUCACUGAGAAGGAGCAGAUUGUUCCCAAGCCAGAGGAGGAAGUUGCACAAAAAAAAAAGAUAUCCCAGAAGAAGCUGAAGAAACAAAAGCUAAUGGCUCGGGAGUAA